AUGGCCCUGCUUGUCGGCUACUUCUCGCUCAGCGGUCUCAUCUACUGUUGGUGCAUUGGUCCUACAGCCGCUGAAUGGAGUCCUUUCGAUGCCGUCUACUUCUCCUUCAUAAGUAUAACCACAAUCGGCCUGGGUGAUAUUGUGCCCACCUCCGAAACCUUCCUCAAUGUGGCCUCUCUACUCUACAUUCUCUUUGGUAUUAUUCUAAUGAACCUAGUCUUUACGCGGAUGGUCGAGCUGAUGGACGCUAAGUUGGAGGCCAUGACAGCCCCGGAAGCUGCUCUCGUCACCAAGAGUACGCCCAACCGUUUCCUAAAGGACUCCGUCAAGAGGCAGGCGCUGACAGGUCCAGGCGCCGCAGCCAAUACAAUGAUGUAG